UGGGGACACUGGCCGGGAGACCCAGAGGAAGGACACCCGUGCUGCGACUGUGGCGUGUGAGUCCAAGUUUAAGGUAAGAGUUGGGCUGGGGAGCGACGGAGCCAGCCAGUCCGAUUCAGGAAGUCGAGUUCCUGAUCUCAGGAGCAGAGCUGGGUGCCCUGAAACCUCAGUCAGUGACGCAGGGGGCGCUUUCCUCCAGGACACACGGGUGGCACCCACUGACCCGCAGCGCCGCCUCUCUCCCGGGACCUGGUGGUGGGAGGGAGGUGCUGGAGGAGGGACCCAGACCUCACUCUUGUGCCCAAGUCACUUCAGACAGCACCGGAACAGAUCCAGCGGUCCGCCGGCAGGAAGCCUUCCAGCCGACCCAAAGAGGUCUCUCCACUUCUGUCUGCUCCUGGCCUGCCACAUGGGCUCCUCUGGAGUUUGGGGUGAAGUUCUCAGCUCCAGUUGACACCAGCUACAGGUACUCCUGGUGGCAUUCCCAAACGCGAAGCUGAAAGAAAAAUAAAUACCAAGUGGCUAACACUGUGUUCUGUGAAGCCGAGGGCUUGUUAUAUAACUGGGAACCUCUGGCCCCACGCUAGCCCAGAACCAUGGAGAGAAACAGUUCCUUCUUCAACUCUAUCUGGGAAACCAUCCGGACCAGACACGAAAGAGGCGUCUUCAACACCGUCUGCCUAGCUGUGUUCCUGGGGCUGCCCCUGGUGGUGGUUCUCACCCUCUUCUUCAUUUGUUGCCAUUGCUGCUGUAGCCGGCCACCCAAGAGCAACCAACAGACAGACCAGAACAAGAAGAAAAAGAAAAAGAAGAAGAAGAAGAAGAAAGAUGAAGACCUCUGGAUCUCUGCUCAGCCCAAGCUCCUCCAGAUGGAGAAGAGGCCAUCACUACCUGUCUAGUGAGCAAGGAAGCAGAGUGUCCUCCCCUUGGAGUCAAGCCUCCUUCCAACCACAGAGACCUGAGGAGCCUUUAAAGUGAUGCAUUCACUCCCACAGAUUACUCAACCAAGGGACAAAUUUCAGAGUAAGCAUCCCAGUGGAUGGGAGUGUGUAGACAAUUCUUACACUGUCUUGGCAGCUAUGUGUCCAAUAUCAGAGCUCUCUGGUGUACCCCCAAGCAUGUACUGCAGUUUCUGGUAUACUCUACCACAAAAGCACAGAAAACAUGUAUACAUGUGUGUUAGAUGGCAUUCAACUUUGUAUGUAUCAUAUGUAUGCACAUUUGGACAACAGGUACAUGGGACGGGAUAUCCUAUUUAUCACGUGGCCAUGUAAUAUGCAUUUUGCUCAAAUAUACAUGCUUGUAGAAAUGUCUUAUGGGAAGACAUAUCCAGAUUUAGGUUCAUAUGCACAAUUAAGUAGCCAUGAUGCAAGGCCCUAUGCACUGUCUAUAUGUCAUUCAGGUCAGAGAUGGGUGCUUCCUAUUCCUAUACUUACAUAGUAUUUUACUGGAAAUAUAUUUGGACAUUCUCAGAACCUGGUACAGUCCUCACUUCAGUAUAUAUUGAUACAGACAUAGCUAGUGGUUUCUAUAUGCUUCUGACCUUUUGCCUGUACCUAAAAGUUUAAAGUAUGGCUCCAAAUACACUCAAAGCUCUUUGCUUGCAAUUCACGACAAGGUCCUCAUUACCUCUGACAGAUGUUUAAUGUGGCCCAAGACCUCUCGGAGACAUUACCCCAUAACUACUCAGCAAGGUGCCCUUUUCUAAGCAGUGAUGAACAGCUCUUGGCAGUGACUAUGAGAAAGCUAUGGAAACCCACAUAGUCACUUCACUGGACUGCAGAUGUGUACCCAUGAGCUGUAUAGAGAGAUAGAAAGGGUAAGGAGAUGCCCCGCAUGAACUAGUUCUAAUCCAUGUGACCAAGGGCUUUCAGAAAGAAAACAAGUAAGAUCAUCCCGAGUCCAGUCUCAUAAACACACACACACACAAGACACACCAGAAACAAUCCUCCAUGUUUGUAGCACUGCAUGAUGCGUUGCAGGUGGGAGGUAGAAGCCAUAGUUUAGAUGAAAGAUAAAACUAUAAAGAUAUCUCUUGCUAUUUAUGUUGAUGCUCAGGAAAAUAUCUUGUACACAGUAGGUACUCAUAACUGUGGGUGGCUAUACAGUGAUGCUAAGGAUAAACUUGUAAUACCUCAUGAUUCCCCCUGAGUGACCUACUCUUUUAAGAGACCCCAUUAACUGCUACAGAAAGUGAGACAAAGCAUUGAGACAGGGGUUGUACUGACAUAUGUGCACUGUGGCACCUGAGGCCAUGCCAUAUUCUGAGUGGAGGAGAGCCUUUCCUUCCCAGCCAAAGGCUAAGAAAACAAAUUGCAUGGUGUUUUUGGUUGUGUUACAAAGGCAGAGAAUUCCCAGCUUGGCAGUGACUAUACUCCAAUAUCUCAUUUGCACAUCUACUGGAGAGCCCUAUAGAUAUUGUCCCCACAGAGACCAUUGUAGACAGUGGGAAAUCACUGUCUUAAUUAAUGACUUAGCCAAAUUAUGACAUUACAGUAGCAAGGAAAAAAAUUCCCGAAAUUGAUGAGCCUGUACGAAUGGAAAGUUGUACUCUGCUUGUUCAGUUGGGCUGCCUGGUACUCAUGGCUCUACUCCCAGUGUGCACCAGGCCCUUGGAAGGUAGCUACCUAGUGGUCGCUCUCACAACUGGGUCUUCUAACAGGCAGCGCAGUCACAUUCAUUUGCUCACCCUACGCAACCUCAAUGUCACUAGGCACUCAGGCCUUCCACCCACAGGCCUCUUUGACCAAAACAAAGCUUCCUGAUUCUCUGCUGGUUGUGGAAUACAUGGCUGUCCUCCACAUGUCACAGAAUGAUCAGUCUUCUCUUCUCUGCCAAUUGCUACCCACCAGAUGCCCUUCCCACUUCUCUCAGUCACCUUAAGACAGAAGACUUGAGGGUAGAAGUGAAGACACAGCAGAGAUGGGAUGUCAGAUAUGGUCUACAAGGAUAGAUCACCAGGAUUAGGGACCAUACAAAUUACAAGGUUUCUGUGACAACUGGCUAUCAGUUUGAAUUAAGACAGCAGUCAGUUGUCACUGAUUGCAUAACAAAGCCUCUAUCUCAGGCACAGUGUACCUACUGCUUUCUAACCAAGUAGACUUGCACCAGUUCCUGUCACGAGACAUCCAGAAAGGCAAUUAAUUCCCAGUUCCUUCUAUAUCCUGGAAUCCAGGAAUCCCAACCCUGAUUGGAUCUCAGCUUCCUGUCACAGACUCUCUGAUAGUCUUUGCAGAAGGUGCAGGGACCAUUAUAUGAUAGGCCCUCCCAUAGAUACUGGGGAGCAGAAGACCAAAGUAGUGUUUGGUGUCCUGUCUCCCUGCCUCACUCUUCCGAUUCUUCUCGUAUUGCUUCUUCUCCUGGCAUCAUGCCAGGUCGUUCCUUUAUGACUUGACACUUUUUGCCCCUCAGUUGCCACGGAUACAGUUUCAGAGUAGGAUGCUUGGGACCUGUGCCUACCUGAUCCAUCUGGGGAGGGUAAGUUAAUGGAGAACAUAAGAGGCUCCAGGGGACUGGAGGAAUGGCUCACCAGUUAAGAGCACUAUUGCUUUUGUAGAAGACCCAGGUACCAGGCAUGCAUGUGGUACACAUGUAUACAUGUAGGCACACCACUCAUACACAUAAAAUAAAUCUUUUUCAAAAAUGUAAAAAGAGGAUCCAUAAAGAAGAGAUCUUCUCAACUGGCAUGGGCUUGGGUAUGGGGGUCAUCCCCACCCACACUGGACUUCUGGCCUGCCUUGGUCAUACUCAGAAACAGUCGGAGGGGUCUUUAUCCAUUGUUCUUUGGACUUUUUUGAUUUCUUGGGAGGAGGAAAAAGAAGAGGAAAAUGUAAAGAAAAGCCAGUCACUUUUUUUGAGAAGAAUAUAUAAAUGAUCAAAGCUGUAAAGUAUUUGACAGUGUUUUGUUUUCUAUAACAUUCAAAUACAUAUAAAAGUUUAUUUAAAUAAAUAUUUUGAAAACAAAA